AUAUUUAUUUCCUGUUCUUUACCACAAGUUUGUCCACACUAGCUUUGUCUUCUUCCCAGCUACCUUUAUGCCACGUGGGUAUUUCUGACUCCAAAGAGACCUGGCAGCAGAAGCGAGUGGUCGCCAGGGAGCGCGGUUCUGCUUCACCUGGUGCUAAUUAAAAGGCCCGCUGGGGAGGAUAAAUUAAGUGGUAAUUGACAGAUAAUGGAGAAGACACAAAAGCGGCUGCUUUUAUUCUCGGCGCUUGCGGGAGAGGAGUUUUGCGCUCUUUGCCAGCGCGAUGGGAGGUGGUUUGGAGACAGGAUCUUGAGUGCUGAGGCGGCGAGGAGUUGAGACAUUUGGGUCAGAGGGAGGGGGCUGGGACUUGUAGCGCUAGGUUUGGGACUGAAGGACACUGCGGGGGUGCGCUGGGGAAAGAACAGGCCCUGGACACUCCCCAGGUUGGGCGCGGGGUGCAGCAGCUUCCCCACACCCCAGGUGAGGGGGUGGAACUGCUAGGCUGCUGUGGAUUGGCCAAGGCAGGGGUGUGCGGCAAUCACUGAUUGGCUGUGGCGGGGGCGGUUGCUGCCGUGGGUUCCGCCGCUGGGCAGUUCGGAGAUCUUAGGCGAGGAGGGAGGGUUUAGCGCGAGAGAGCGGGAGAUUAGGGGCGGGAAGGUGGGGGUGGGUCGGGGGAAGCGGAAGGGUGGCAUAGGCAAGGUCUGCGGGAGCGGGUGUGUGGUUUGGUUACUGCAGCCUGGGGCAGUCUGAAGAACAGUGUUGGGAUUUGAGAGAGUUGGAGCUGUAGUCUGAGAAUCUGCUGCAGAAGUACACAGACACGGGAUUAACUAUACACAGUUAGCCCGUGUGUGUGUGUGUGUGUGUGUGUGUGUGUGUGUGUGUGUGUGUGUGUGUAAGAGAGAGAUUUCUGAGUGGGAAAAACCUAACCUCCUGUGCAUAGUGUGUGACUUCUGAUGGGAAAAUCUUGUGUCAAGUGACCAAGAAGCACAAUAUGGAAGGACAUUGCCACAGCUGGCUGGACAACACUGUAAUCCCUGUACUUGCGAAACUGAGAGAAUGGCAAGCUUGAAGAGUGAGAUCCUGUAUAAAUGUAUUGUGUGUGUAUGUGUGUGUAUUGUAAUUACAAAGAACAAGCUAUCCCCCACCCAAUCCUCUUUCUACACGGUCCUGUUCUUUUGUUUCAUUUGUUUGAAACCAGAGACUAGCCCUCUCACUUAGGAUGCUCUCAUGUUUGCAGCAAAUCCCCUGCCUCAGCUUUCAGAGUGUUGGGAUUGCAAGUAGGGGCCACCAGGCCCAUUCUCAAAUGUCCUUUCUCUGCACCCACAGCCAUUUACAGUGCGCUUUUCCUUGUUAUCCAUGUACUGGUGACGGAAGGAGCUCACUGACCCCCGCCUCGGCGACUUCGCCAACAAAGAUCCUCUGAAGAUGCAUGUUUUUGUUGUUUUAUUUCUAGAAAAUCUUUUCACGUUUUUAUUUUAUGCGUAUGAGUGUAUUGCCUGCAUGCAUGUAAGCUUACCAUGUGCAUGUCUCGUGUCUGUGGAGUUGAGAAGAGGUCCACAGAUCCCUUGGACCUGGAGUUACAGUUGUGAGCCACUGUGUGGGUGCUGGGAACCAAACCCAGUGCUCCGGAAGAGCAGCCAGUGUUUCUGACUGAGCCCUCUUUCUUUUGACAUUGUCUCACUAUAUAGCUCUGACUGGUCUGGAACUCAUUAGGUGGACCAGGACGGGCUUGAACUCACGGAAAUCCUCCUGCCUGUGCCUCCAAAGUGCUAGAGUUAAAGGCAUACUCCAUCACACCCAGCAAUAUAAUUUUUCUAAAAAGGAGAUGUUACUUCGGUGGUUAGAGCGCUUCCCUAACAUACGUGAGGCCACGGGUUUAGUACCCAAGUACUGCAAAAGCAAACGGAGCCAAAGCUCGCUUGGCUGGGGCCGAGCAGGGCCGGGUGGAGGCCAAGAGGAGGCCAGGAUGGAGCGAGUGCAUGCCAGUUCUGGACUGUUCCCGCCUAUGUUCUCUGCAGCAGACCUGGGUCCCCGAGGUCCAGGCCCCAAAACUUCUCCCUGUCUCCUGGUUUCUGUGUGGGCCCAGAAGAUGUGUGUCUUCCAACUUCAAGGCUGCAGACCUCCAGGUUCAGGUGACCAGGGAGCCACAGAAGAAGCCAGGCCCCAGCCAGCCAUUGCUGUUUGGAAAGACAUUCACAGACCACAUGCUGAUGGUGGAGUGGACCAAGAAGACAGGCUGGAGCCGGCCAAGGAUCCAGCCCUUCCAGAACCUCACGCUGCACCCGGCCUGUUCGGCCCUGCACUACUCUCUGCAGCUCUUUGAGGGCCUGAAAGCAUACAAAGGCAGAGACCAGCAGGUACGCCUCUUCCGGCCGUGGCUCAACAUGGACAGGAUGCUACGUUCUGCAAGGCGCCUCUGCUUGCCAGACUUUGACAAGCAGGAGCUGUUGGAGUGCAUCCGCCGGCUCAUUGAAGUGGACAAAGACUGGGUUCCCGACAGCCAUGGAAGCAGCCUCUACGUGCGGCCCGUGCUGAUCGGGAAUGAGCCCUCGCUGGGUGUCGGCCUGGUCACACAAGCCCUCCUGUAUGUCAUUCUUUGCCCCGUGAGCUCCUACUUCCCUGGAGACUCCAUGACCCCUGUCUCCCUCCUGGCUGACCCCACGUUCAUCAGAGCCUGGAUGGGUGGGGUCGGUGACUACAAGGUCGGGGGGAAUUACGGGCCCACUGUGGCCCUGCAGCAAGAAGCCCAGAAGAAGGGCUGCGAGCAAGUCCUCUGGCUGUACGGGCCGGACCACCAGCUCACCGAGGUGGGCACCAUGAACAUCUUCGUCUACUGGACUCACAAGGACGGGGUCCUGGAGCUGGCAACCCCCCCACUGGAUGGCAUCAUCCUGCCAGGAGUGGUACGACAAAGCCUGCUGGACCUGGCUAGGACCUGGGGUGAGUUCCGCGUGGCAGAGCGCAAGGUCACCAUGGAGGAACUGAAGCGGGCGCUGGAGGAGGGCCGCGUGCGGGAAGUCUUUGGCUCAGGCACCGCUUGUCAGGUCUGCCCAGUGCAUCAAAUCCUGUACGAAGGCAAGGUGAGCCAGAGCUGCCAGGAUAGGUGGGAGAGAAAGGGGGAGUGCCCAUCCUCACGGCUUCUUUGCCUCAGCAACUCCACAUUCCUACCAUGGAGAACGGGCCGGAGCUCAUCCUGCGCUUCCAGAAGGAGUUGAAGGCUAUUCAGUACGGUGCCAGUGCCCACGAUUGGAUGUUUCCGGUGUGACGCAGCCGGCUAUGCCUUCACGGGUUGGAUCCGCGGGUCUGUAGCAUCCAAUCCAGCGUCCUCGCCUCCCAAAGACUCAUGAGCAGUGCAAUAAAGGUCUGGCCGGACACCUGGGUCUCUGGCGCCCUCACGUGGCCGCUGUGCUCCAAAGCCUUAAGGGCGGGACCCGGACUAUUUGAAGCCCGCCUCAAGUGUUGGGUCUCAGGGUUGAGCUCCCCAGCUGCUCCGAAGGGGGACCUUGGCAUAUUCUCUAUCUCCGUUCUCAGGCCGGAUCUCCGUGCUCUCCAUGAUGCAUUUUCCCCUCUCUGUACGUGCUGCAAUUUUGAAAUAAAAUGCCAAAGAACAAGA